AUGGCGGAAGCGAUCAUUGCCGACUGGAUUUCCGACUACAGUGCCCUGCAGGAAUCGGAACUGCGUACGUUUGCCGCCCAGCACGAGAAUGAUUUCGAGAUCUCGAAGGCUCUGUACACCAUCUUGAAUGAGCGGAUCAAAUACAAGGAUCUAAUCCAUCCCAUAUGCAAUCAGUUGUGCAAUUUCUAUCGAUCAAACGAGGUUGAACUGCGCCGGUUUACGUUGCAGUUUGUGCCGAUGUUGAUCUAUCUGUAUUUAAACUCGGUGGCUCUCGGCGACAAGAAAGGUUGUCGGUCGAUCGAAACGCUACUGAUCUGCAUUUACAACAUUGAGGUUAGUUCGGACGAUGGCAGUCCAAAGGUGGUGUCCUUUCGAAUGCCCGUCCUGGCGCAGGCAUCCGUAUACCACGAGGAAAAAAGUCUACAACCAAGUGAUCUACGAAGGUGGGAGGAGAAUAGCAAUAAGGAUAUUAACUGGGGACCGCUACCAUCGAUCGAAUCGAUCAACGCGCAGAACCGGCUUAAGGUGAUGACGGCGCUGCUGUUUACGUACAACCAGCAGCUGAAUCAGAUCCACAAACCCGCCCUGUAUCACCUGUGCAAAACGACUUCGCUGCUGGUGAACCAGGGUUUUCCGAAGGUACCGGGUGGCCACAUGCACCGUUCGUCGUACGGUAAUGAUCCGAUCUCUCCCCAACAACCGAUGGCGAUGGCUGCUCCAUCACACGUCGUCCGUCCACCGCCACGGAUCGCAGUGAACGCCCAGUUCCUGGUGGAGCUGGCACAUGCCAACUACUUCGCCAUGUUUAACGAGUUUGCGUCGGCAGCGAUCGAAGCGGUGACGGAUCUGCACAGCCGCGCCUGCUACGAAAUGCUUCCCGAGGUGAUACUGGUGACGAAUGCGAUACGCAACUCGUUGCAUGCCAAUCCUUCCGGUCAACCCAGUGACGGUCCGAUGGGUAUUAGUGUUGCGCUGACGCCCGCUACGACUACGGUGACGGUGUCGAAGUCGAUGAUUACAAACGCCUCCUUCCGUACCAAGAAGCUACCAGACGAUAUUCCAAUACAGGGCCCAACGAAGGAAGAGAACGGUGGCCCACACCAUCUCACCAGCAUCAACGAAGAGGGUGAGAGCGGGCUGCCAUCGGCGGACGGUAGCAUGAAGGGUGGCGGUGCGACGGCUGGCGGCAUGUCGGCAUCGGGCACACCGGGCAAGCCGAAGGAUUCCAAAACGCAUAAGGUGCUGGGUGGUUUCAAGAAACUGAAACCGGAAAAGGAUAAGGAUAAGGAUAAGGAUAAGGAUAAAGAUAAGGAUAAGGAGAAGGAUAAAGAUAAGGAUAAGGAUAGGGAUAAGGACGGUACGACGCCGGUUGUGCUGGUUUCUACCGGUUCCGGCGGUGGUGUGACGCUUCCGGUGAACAGCAAUACUGCAGCAGCAACAGCAGCAGGCAUCACCGUCGGCGGAACAUCCCUCGUCGAGGAAGCGAAGGCACUAAUGUCAUCAGCGAAGAAGAUAAACUCGAAGGAGAAAUUAAGUGCUUCCGGUGUCGGUGGUGGCCAACCGGCGACUGUCGUUGUGCUCUCGAAUGGAAGCAUCCUGAUGGGAUCCGGUCCAGCGUGCAACGCGACCAACGGCGACAGUUCGGAUGGAGUCGUAACGCUAACGGCGGCCACAGCCAACGGUGGACUCGGGAAGCAGUCACUCGACAUUGGAGAAUCGUUCGAUUCUGGCAGUGAACUGCUGCAGCAGCACGGCUCAACCACCAUCAACAGCGCCAACAGCAAUGGAGGCAACACCAUAAAAACCACCGUACUGGAUAUGAAGAACCACGGCAGUAUACAAGUUAGUCAAGUCUAG